AUGCCAUACGCUCUAAAUGUUUGGAUAUAUGAAUGUGCAUCUCAAGUUCCCUCUGAAAUUACUGUAAGAGUGGGAAAUAAAAUUCCCAGAAUUCUUAACUGGCGUGUUGUUGCCGUGAAGCCAAAAUUUGAGACCUUCAUGUCUACCAUCUUCAGUGAGUAUCCAUGCUCCAACAUUGUCCAAUCUCAAUAUGAAAUGGAAUCUAUUGUCAUUCAUGGCAGCCAACAGAAACCUGAAGCUUCAACAUCGGCUGCCAAGGUCAAUUUCAGAAAAUCUCAUGAAGUCCCCGGAUUUGAGGACUUUUCAACAACACCACCCACAGAAUUAUUAAAAAGAUCCAGUCAUGUCGCUGAUACAUCUUCUCUACCUUCUUCCAAAAGAAUGAAGACUUCCCCUGUUAAAAAGCCAAUUCAAGUAGAAACAGCCAACAUGCACAAGGAUUUCAUACCACCAAAUGAAUCAAAAAAGCCUGUUUCUCCUGAAAAUGUACCAGGGGCGAAGUCAGUUGUUGACCGAAAGUUCAAGCGUUUGGAGAAUAAAAUUGAUUCAAAUCACAUUGAUUUUUUGAAAGCCAUCAACGGUAUGGCGAACCGAAUGACUAGCACAUCAUCUCAAGUUAAAACAGAUGAUUUUGAUCAAACAUUCCAUGUGGUUGAACAACAAGAAACACCUACUGGAUUGGAGGUGCACAAUUUUGCAAAUAAAUCUGACCCACCCCAACAAAAUGACCAAUCUAAUAUCCAGGAAGAUAUUAAGGGACCUGAACCAUCCACCAUGGUAAAACAGGUGGACAAUAUAUCAGAACAAAACAUUUCAGCAGAUAUUCCAGAAUUAUUUGAUCAGCAGGUUUAUUCUGAUACAUUAAAGGAAGAUGAAUCAUCCGUCAAGAUACAAAAGGUGGAUGAUGUAUCACAACAUAACAUUGUAGCAGAUGAUAACACUGGAAAGAAAGAUACAAGAGUAGCCGAUGAUAAAACUGACAAAGUAGAAGAGCAAGUUGAGGAGAUUGAAAAAGAAAAAAUCAAACCAAGCACAUCGGAAUCCAAUACUUCAGCACCAUUUUCGACCGAAACUCUGGAUGUGAUAGAUACUUUAAUAUACGGACUUCCAUUACCAGCCAUGCCAUUGACAGCUGUUAAUCAUGAGCAAGUUCAGGAUGAAUGUCUAUUACGCGAUAGCCAGCUACCAACCACUCUUUCAUCAAAAGCCAAUGUAUUGUCUGACGAUGCGAAGACACCAUUUCGAAGAAGCAGGAUUCCUUCAAAGAUCUUACAGUCGCCGUAUCUUUCAAACUUUGGGUCGAGUGAAAAGGGAAAGGAAAAUUUGUCAGUUGUUAUGCAUCAGACACACCCUUUUGAAGGUUUUGGUAUAUGCUAUCAUCCCCCAUCCGAGCUUGUCACAGACUACUCUCAAUGGAUAUAUAAAGGACUACUAAAAUCGCAUGGCAACAAGAAUUCAAAGGAGGAUCAUUACAGAUCUAAGUGCUCUUCAUUCGGCUUUGAAAAAAUGGACUUUGUAGUGGCAUUUCCUAAAGAUAAGAACUGGUUCUACCUAAUGUCACAGCCGAACAGAUGCUGGGACGAUGAGUUGAGCAAUCAAUAUCGAUACACAACGACAAACUACAUUUUCAAAAUUUACAUCGAAUAUGCACACACACGCUACUAUCACCUUCCACCUAACAUUUCUACACAAGAAGAUAUGGCAAGGGUCACUAUUACAGCUCAUCACGAGAGAUCCGUGAAGAACAUAAUAAGAGGUUUCUCAAUACCAGCCAGUUUGCCCUGGCAUUUGGUAGAUGAGGUAUACAUUCCAGUAAACUGCGACAGGGAUUUUCAUUGGGUUCUUGCGGUAGUUGUGUUGAAAGAGAGGUUGAUACGUGUGUAUGAUUCAUCGCCUAGAUGA